CCAUAAUAGGUAUGUUGGUAUGUAUGAAGAUGGCGGCAAUUAGGCGGGAAAGUACAUGCGAAACCGGCAAGCGAUCGGAUCGCUUGGAAAGAUGCACGCUUUUUUAAAGACUGGAAAAUUGGGCGCGUCAGUGGAGGUCAAGAAACCAUCGACCUCUCGCUCUAAAGAGGACAAGAAAGAUCUCACACCAUGGGUGGAGAAAUAUCGGCCGAAGAGCGUCGACGACAUUGUGGAGCAAACGGAAGUAGUGAACGUGAUAAGGCAAGCCAUGGAGCAUGGAGAUUUUCCUAAUAUGCUUUUUUAUGGACCACCUGGUACCGGCAAAACCAGCAUAAUUCACGCUGCUGCGAGACAGAUGUUUGGCAGCAUAUACAGAGAUAGAAUUCUGGAGUUAAAUGCCUCAGAUGACAGAGGCAUCCAGGUUGUGAGGGACAAGAUUAAAUCUUUCGCUCUGCGUAGAGCUAAUCCUACCAGGCCAGAUGGCAAGAAAUGUCCACCAUUCAAGAUCAUCAUCCUCGACGAAGCGGACAGCAUGACUGGUGCCGCGCAAACCGCGCUCCGUCGCAUCAUGGAGAAGGAAGCGCACAGCACGCGCUUCUGCCUAGUGUGUAACUACCUGUCGCGUAUCAUCAAGCCGAUAACAUCUCGUUGCACCAAGUUCCGCUUCAAGCCAUUGAGUGACGAAAAGAGCAUCGCUCGACUGGAAUACAUUUGCAACGAGGAAAACUUGAUGGCCAAUCGAAAUGUCCUCGAGAAGAUUGUUGCGGCGUCCGGAGGUGAUCUGAGACAGGCUGUCAUGUGUCUGCAGUCGAUCACACGAUUAAAAGGCAUAGAAUACGAGAUCACCGUGGAUGAUGCUCUGGAUGUAAUCGGGCUUGUUCCCGAUGAAAAAAUCAAUACGCUGUGGGAGACUUGUAAAAAGGGGAGUUACAAUGAUAUUGAGACAUUACUGGAAAACUUAUUGCUGGAAGGAUAUCCGGCAUCACAGGUAAUCGAUCAAUUGAACGAGAGGAUAAUUUUCUGUGAGGAUCUGAAUGACAAACAAAAAACCAUGAUCGGUGACAUGCUCGGGUUAUGUGAUUACAGGCUAACAGAAGGAAGCGACGAAUACCUUCAACUUUUGAAUGUUUUCUCUACAAUCUCAGCAGCGUACAAAAUGUAAUAAAUCCUACAUCUUAGUUUCUAUUAUUAAAGCAUUAUGUAUUUAUAUUUGAAGAUGUAUAUAUUAUAAACUACGAG